AUGGACAAGAUCGCCGAGGAGCAGGAGCCGCAGCCGGGGCCGGGGCCGGGGCAGCGGGAGGACAGCCCGAGCCGCUUCGCCACCGAGUCCUCGCCGCUCCUGCUCCAACGCGACCCAACCCCCUCCCACCACGCCGCGAACGGAUCUGCGCGCCCCGCGAAAUGGACGCAGGCGGCGACCCUGCGGGCACCGCGCCUCGCCCGGGACGCGGUGCGCGCCCUCCCCGCCGUGCUGCUCGGGACGCUUCUGAACAUCCUCGACGGCGUGUCCUACGGGAUGAUCAUAUUCCCCGCGGCGGGCGUCUUCGCGGACCUCGGGCCCAUGGGCGUGUCCAUGUUCUUCGUCUCGGCGGUGGUCGCGCAGCUGACGUACUCCUGCGGCGGGAGCGGCUUCGCGGGCGCGAACGGGAGCAUGAUGAUCGAAGUCGUCCCCUUCUUCCACAUCCUCGCGACCUCCAUCGCGCGCGAGCUCGGCGAGGACCACCCGCGCGAGAUCAUCGCGACCACCCUCGUCGCCUUCGCGUUCUCGUCCGUCCUCACAGGCCUGACGUUCUUCCUCCUCGGCGCGCUCCGCCUGGGCAUCCUCAUCGGCUUCUUCCCGCGGCACAUCCUCGUCGGGUGCAUCGGCGGCGUCGGCGUCUUCCUCAUCAUCACCGGCCUAACCGUGAGCACGCGCAUGCCCGACGACGACUUCGCCCUCUCCCUCCCCGUGCUCAGGCACCUCUUCCUCAACGCCGCGCUCUGGGCGCCCGCCCUCGCCCUCGCGGUCCUCCUCCGCGUCGUCACCCACCGCUUCCGCCACCAGCUCGUCUUCCCGCUCUAUUUCAUCGCGAUACCCGCCGUCUUCUACGUCGUGGUCGCCGCCGCGCGGCUCGACCUGCCGGCGCUCAGAAGGAGCGGGUGGCUCUUCGACGUCGCCGCGUCGCGCGAGCCGUGGUGGCAGUUCUACACUUACUACGACCCGCGCGCGACGCGGCUCGCGCCGCUCGUCUCGACGCUCCCGACGCAGCUCGCGCUGCUGUUCUUCAAUAUCCUCCACCCGCCGCUGAACGUCCCCGCGCUAGCUGUGUCUCUAGAUAUAGAUGUGGACACGAACAAGGAGCUCGUGGGGCACGGCUACUCGAACCUCCUCGCGGGGUUCUUGGGUACGGUGCCGAAUUAUCUCGUGUACGUGAACACGCUCUUGUUUUACCGCGUCCGCGGCGACACGCGCGUCUCGGGCUUCCUCCUGGCGGGCGCGACGGUCGUGCUGCUCCUCAUCGGCACCGGGCCGCUGGCGUACAUCCCGGUGAUGGUCGUCAGCGCGCUCAUAUUCGUCCUGGGCAUCGACCUGGUGAAGGAGGCCGUGUGGGACACGAGGCACCGCGUCAGCCGGUUCGAGUAUAUCACCAUUAUCAGUAUCAUGGUCGUGAUGACCGUCUGGGACUUUGUCAUGGGCGUGCUCUUCGGCAUCGUCGUCAGCUGUUUCUUCUUCGUGCUGCAGAACUCGCAGCGGCGCAGCAUCCGCUCGCUGCACACGGGCGAGACUGUCAUGUCCACCGUACGCAGGCCGAGCGCGCACCGCGCAUACAUCCGCGAAGUGUCCAAGCAGACGACGAUCCUGCGGAUGCAAGGGUUCCUGUUCUUCGGGACGAUCGCGCACGUCGAGGAGACCAUCCGCGACCUCGUCGACGGCCCGCGCUGGGCGCGCACGCCCGUCCGCUUCCUCGUGCUCGACUUCACGCUCGUCGCGGGCGUGGACAUGUCCGCCGCGGAGGCCUUCAUGCGCAUCCAGCGCCUGCUGCACGCGAAGCAGAUCGUGCUCGUGCUGUGCGGGUUCACGACGGAGUCGCCCGUGGGCAGGUCGUUGCGGAACGUGGGGCUGCUCCAGGAGAGCGGGGUGGAGGCGUUCUCGACGUUGAAUGAUGCAUUGGAAUGGAUGGAAAAUGCGUAUCUAAGGACUUGGUUUUCGGCACAGAAAGAGGAAAGGGACCCGAUUGCUUUACCUGGCCGUCAGGACGUCGACCUGGGCUUCCAUCACUCACUGUCAAGUUCACCUAGACGGUCACAACUAGCGGAUAUCGGGAACCGCACUAUUGCACGAGAUCAUUCUAUCGACAGUCGUCCCACUCAGCAAGAACCAUACGAUACCCUUGUAAAAGCCUUUGCGUCAUACGGCGACGUGGACAAGGAACUCUUCUCAAAGCUAGUGCCAUACCUGGAGCGCCUGCCGGUCCCGGAAGGACACGUCUUAUUCCAGCAAGGCGACGAACCCGACGGACUGUAUAUCAUCGAAGCUGGCAUUCUGCGAGCGACGUACAAGUUCACCGACUUUACUCUAAUCGAGGAAUCGAUGGUGCCCGGGACCCUUGCAGGAGAGUUGUCCGCCCUCUCAGGCGAAACCCGUAACGCCACGGUCGUAGUCGAACGACAAGCAAUUUUAUGGCGGCUAAGCACCGAAAACCUGCAGCGUCUGGAAGUUGAGAAUCCUCAUUUGGCUAGUAGCUUCACGAAGCUCGUUCUCAAGGCUGCGAAAACAGACUAUGAUAUCCUCCUAGCUUCGCUGGCCGCGCGACAAUAGAUGGCAACCAUGCUUGGGCUACACCGCUAUACUAUUCAUGAAUGUAUGGAUAUCUUAUACAGGGGGUGUCCAUGACACGAUGACGUGACGAUAUUAGAACGUACAUACACAUAGAUACUAAUCAGCAAACAGAACAAACGCAGAACGCACAAAACAAUAGAGAUUUG